AAGUCAGUCUGAAGCUAGCAUGAAUGUCCGGGCUUUCCCGUUACUCUCUGGGUCCUAAAGCCCACCCAGAAAAAGCCCGGCGCCUUGCAGAUUGUCCAUAUCCGAUAGUUUGGUGAUCUCAUGAUUGCUGCUUUCAAAUACAGGCGCGGCAGACAGGUUUUAAUAUGAUUUCAAGAAGUGGGAAAACAAGUGAUGUUUGAAAUCUUGUGGUGCAAACAUAUUACAUAUGAAAAUAGCAUUGUUUGUUCAGAGAACAUAAAGCAGAAAAUUAGUUGUAAUGGAUUCUCAAGUGAAUUACUCAGUGUCUGAAAUGAAACGGAACUUUGCAAAGACAUUUCUCCACAAUCAUAGUGAAGCUGAUGUGGAAACAAAGGAAGAUCUGAGAAGAAAACUCCAUCAAGCCAAGAAAGAGAAACUUGACAUAACUGCUAAACAUAAUGCAGAGCUAUCAAACUACGAAAGCCAGAUUGCAAAACUGCGAGCGGAAGUUGAGAAGGGCGAAGCUGUCCGACAAAGCCUGGAGUAUGAAUUAGCCGUAGCAAGGAAAGAAGUUGGCAUAGAACGGUAUUCAUCAGAAGAAAAAUUGGGCGGAGCAAACAAACAAAUAGAACAGCUGCAAGAAACCAUCAGAGCUCUUCAGCAGAAAUUGAAUGAGGCGGAGAAAACAUUUCACUUCAAUAAGUGUCAAUGGGAUGAAAAACAGAGAAGAUUUAUCAAUGAGUUAUCAGAAAAGGAGCUGAUUAUUGGUACCUGCCAUGCUGAAUAUGAAACCCUUUUGAAGGAAAGGAUGAGAUUGGAUGAUAUUUUGAAGGAGACCUUGGAAUGCCAGAAGGAACAGAAGAACGUGAUAGAGUCAGAGAUCAUAAAAGUGGCAGAAGAAGAGUUUAGGUGUCAGGCAGAACACUGGGAAUCAGAAAGAAGCGAACUCCAAUUUUUGUUGCAGGAAAGCACCAGCACGGUGCAGAAUGUCCACAAAAAAGUGCAAGAGCUGGAAAGAGAACACUGUGGCUGUUCGGAAGCCUUGAAGCGACAGGCCAGCGAACUUCAGUUCGGCGUUGAGAGGGAGGCUCGACUUAGGAAAGAACUUGAGCUAGCUAUGGCCAGAGUAAAAAAACUGGAGGAAAACAUUGAGGCCGAGAGGGCGGCACAUCUGGAAUCCAAAUUUAAUUCUGAAAUAAUUCAGUUGCGGAUCCGAGACCUUGAAGGAGCUUUGCAAGUGGAGAAGGCCAGCCAAGCAGAAGCAGUUUCUGACUUGGAAAUGUUCAAAGGCAAAUUUAGAGAGGUGGAAAAUGCCUAUGAGAGAGAGAAGCGAAAUGCUCACGACAGCCUGGAAAAAUUCGACAUGUUAGAAAGGGAGUAUCUAGCUGCAAACAAACAUCUAAACGAAGAGAUAGAAGAAAAGAAGAAAGUAAUUAAAGACCUCUCUGAGACACUCCAGGAUAAUGAAAAAAGUUACAAAGAAUUACAGGCUGAACUUUUCCUGACCAGGAAACGCCAGGCCUUCCUAGCAGAGACAUGUGAAAACAAUGUGAGAGAGCUGGAGUCACUUCUGGACUGCUUUACUAUGUCAAGCCAGUGGACAGCAGGCAUUCACAAGGACAAAGAUAAACCUCCCAGCUUCACUCUUGUCCUUGAGACUUUGAGGUGUACCUUGACAGACUACCAGAACAAGCAGGAAGAGGCAUCUAAUGAGCUGGAGAAAAUGACAGUUCUUUCUGAGAAGAUGGCAAAAGAACUUGAGGCUUCCCAGCACCAGCUAAGAUCUCAAACUCAAGAACUUCAGGUAACACAUGACAGUCUCACUGGUACCAAGAAGGAGUUAAAUAAUCUGCAAACUAAGUGUGCAGACAGAGAAUCCUUAAUAGCUACAUUAAAAAUGGAACUACAAAACGUAUUGCAUUGCUUGGAGAAAGAGAAAGCGUGUUGUACAGAAUAUAAAAAUGAAAUUCAGAAGCUCACACAGGCUUAUGAGAAGGAUACAGAGGAGAAGCUAACUUUCCUCCAUACUUUGUACCAGCACUUGGUAGCAGGCUGCGUUCUUAUAAAGAAAUCAGAAGGCAUCCUGGAUAAAUUCUCCUGGUCAGAGCUUUGCACAGUCUUGCAAGAAAAUGUUGAUACCCUGAUCUUAGACCUCAACAAGGCUAAUGAGAAGGUAUCACACCUUGAAUAUGUUUGUAAAAACAAGUCAGAUACAAUGAAGGAGAUUCAACAGACCCAAGAAGACACUUUGAAGAAAUUUGCAGAACAGAUGAAAGCUCAAGAAAGCUGUUGGUUAAAGCAGAAGAACGACUUGGAACAGCAAUAUUCUGGACUCCUUGGGGAAGUUCAUACCAGGGCUCAGAAAUACCAAGACAUGGCAGAAAAAGCCAAAGACAAGUUCUCUGCUAUUGAAAAAGUCCAAGAGCAAUUGCUCCUUGAGAAUUCACACCUUAAAGCCUUGUUGACGCAGACACAGAAAGAACACAGAUCUCUGCUAGCAGCUUGCGCGCUGCUCGCUGGAGCACUCUAUCCCCUCUACGGUAGGUCCUGUGCCCUGUCGACCCAGAGGGAUGUUCUUCAGGAUCAGGUCAACACUUGUGACAUUUUCAAGCAAGAAAUCAGGACACUGGCCAGUGCAUUGUGUGAAACGGAGGAGAGGAAGCAAAGCAACAGCAAGGUGAAGAAGAAAAAGCAUUCCAGAAGCUGGAUACAUCUUUUCCGCAAAAGUGUUAUUGCAGUCCUGGCUGCCCACAGGCUUCAGAUUUUAGGCCAGUCAUGCAGCUCCCUUUUCUCCUGGGUAGAUGAUGUCAGAGAAGGCAUAGGAAUCCCUGUCUGCAUUGGAGAUUCCAAGGAUGUGCAUAAUCUGUCAAGACAACAAAAGGAGCAGAUUCGUUGCCUUCAAGCAUUCAGUUGGUUUACCAGUUGUGAACUUCUUACUGCAGUCCUUAGUUCUAUGGCUGAGCUACAAGAAGUAAUUAGCAAGGCAGAUAUGAAAUCCUGGCUUUCAGGACACUUGCUCACCAACGCAGCAAGAAAUUCAUUUUCAAGACUUAUGGAGAAACUUUGCACCGUGAUGGAAGUUACUCCAGUGGACAGCAGCCGGAGUAUGACUUAUGCAGAGAAAGACUCCUUGGUUCAAAGACUGGCUCGUGGGCUCCAUAAAAUAAACGCACAGACCCUCGAAGCACGCAUAACUGACAGGACCCCUGCUACGAAAACCAUAGCGUCCUUGCAGAAGCAGAUAUUUGAAUUUACACAAAGGCUGCACACAGCAGAGGUAGAACGGCGGUCAUUGCGCUUGGAGCUCACCGAAUUCAAACGGAAUUUGAAUGAGAUGAAGAAAGAGGCUGACAAAGCCCAUAGUUUGCAAGAGCAAUUAUAUGUGUUUAAGCAAUCUAAAUUGAUCACCCACGAGAGGUUUGAAAGUGCAUGUGAAGAACUAAAUAAUGCAUUACUCCGGGAGCAGCAGGCACAAAUGCUUUUGAAGGAACAGGCGCAGCAGCUCCAGGAGUUGCAAUUUAAACUGGAAUUGCAUUCUUCGGAAGAGGCAGACAAAAACCAAACUCUCAGUGAUGCUGUAAAGAGUCUCUCCGAGGCAAAGAUGGAGCUGAGGAGAAAAGAUCAAUCUCUGCGUCAGCUCAAUAGACAUCUUACCCAGCUGGAGCAGGACAAGCGUCGACUGGAACAGAGCAUCCAUGAUGCGGAGAGUGCCCUCCGCAUGGCAGCCAAAGACAAAGAAUUAAUUGUUAGUCAUAUGAAAUCAGUGGAAUCUAUCUUUCAAAAUGUCAGAGAUCAGAUCUCGCUGUCAUGGACUACAGCAAGCAGGAAUGACUUCGCCCUGCAGCUGCCUAAGCUGCACCUGGAGACUUUUGCAAUGGAAGGGCUGAAAGGCGGGCUAGAGGUUAUAGCAUUCCAGGCAAUGAUUAUAGGUUUCAUAGAUGUCUAUCAGUUUGCAUGCUCCAGAGUCUCUGCAUUAGAACGAGAAAUAACAUCCCAUCGACAUCACAUUGCAACUCUGAAAUCAGAACUUCAAACUGCUUGUCUUCGUGAAAAUGAAAGCUUACACUCAGAUUCACGAAACGCUUCAAGCAUCCUUACUGUGUCAAGCUCUUUACCCCAGCUAGAUCAAGGCUGUCUUCCUGGAUUUUUGCCACUAAAGUCCGACUCAGAUUAUGAUCUGCCUUUUACCUUGGCACAUAAUAGACCUCCAAUCUCAUCAUCCUUUCCUUCAAACCUACAUGUCAUGUCUGCCAAAAGAGCAAUGCCAAAUGGAUGUUAGAAUCUAGUCAUUUUGUAAGCAGCUGAAAGAGAAUUAAUUAAAGUCCGAUUUUAUUAGGAUGUUC